CAAAUUAUGUCACUUGAAUCAACUUAUUACUAGCAUCACGUACAGUUAUUACAAUGGCGUUCAGUUUAGCCGCUUUUUCAUAUAUCGUGGCCUUAAUUGUAGAUGCUAUUUUGAUCAUUUUUGCAAUAUUUCAUGUUAUUGCAUUUGAUGAAUUAAAAACUGGUUAUAAAAAUCCGAUUGAACAAUGCAAUAGUUUAAAUUCGCUAGUUAUUCCAGAAUAUGGAUUACACAUUUUAAUCAACAUUUUAUUUCUAAUUAGUAGUCAAUGGCUUUCAUUGCUUUUAAAUAUGCCAUUGAUAAUAUAUCACUUGUGGCAAUAUUAUCAUAGACCUAUCAUGUCUAAACCAGGUCUUUAUGAUCCCACUAGUAUAAUGAGUGCUCAAGCUCUUAAAAUUCAUCAAAGGGAAGGAUGGAGUAAACUUACAUUUUAUCUUUUAUCAUUUUUUUACUAUUUAUAUGGGUAA